AUGUCAAAGUAUGACGUAGCAGUUGAAUAUCUUCCUGGAAAGAAAAACGUGAUCGCUGACCCCCUAUCAAGGGUUGAUCCAAACCGUGAGUUGAAUUCGCCAGAUUUCAAGGAAAUUCCCGAUAUACCGGUUAAUCUCAUUACGCGAAACCAUAAUGCGACAGACACUGACAAUCUAGAAAAAAUUCGCCACCAUACUAAAUCUGACAACAACCUUCAAAUCCUGAAAGCCCUUGUUGUGGAAGGAUGGCCUGAAACCAGAGAUGGUUGCCCAGCAGAGGCAAUUGACUAUUUCAACUAUCGUGAAGAUGUUAGUGUUGAAGACGGACUUCUAUUCAAAUGCGAUCGAAUCAUUAUACCGAACUCUCUCCGAAAGGACAUUCUGAAAGCAGUCCACCAAGGACAUCAAGGCAUUGAAAAAUGCAUUCUCCGCGCGAAACAAUCAGUGUUUUGGCCCGGACUGACAAAUGAAAUCAAGCAACUAGUGUCACAGUGUAGCAUUUGCCAAGCGCAUCAGAACAAGCAACAACGUGAGCCAUUGAAACCGCAUAGUAUCGCACAAUAUCCCUGGCAGAGGCUUGCUUCAGAUUUGUUUGAGCACUAUCAAGUGCAUUACUUGCUAUACGUGGACUACUAUUCACAGUUUCCAGUGGUAAGACGACUAGGAAAGUCACUUAGUUCAGAGACAGUAAUCGCAUUUACCAAGUCUGUAAUUUGCGAAUACGGAAUACCAGAAGAACUUGUGUCUGACAAUGGUCCACAAUAUGAUAGCUACGCAUUCAAAUCAUUCUGCGCUUCUUACGGAAUAAAACACACAACAAGCAGUCCUCACUAUGCCCAGAGAAACGGCAUAGUAGAACAGUGUGUACAGACUGUGAAAAAACUCAUCCUUAAAGCACUAGAUGCAGGUGAAGACGCUAAUAUCGCCUUACUGUACUAUAGAACAACACCCGUCUCGAGUAACAUCGCUAGUCCUGCGAAACUACUCAUGAGCUGGGAGCCGAGAACGACAUUGCUGAUGAAGAGAUCACUCCAUCAGUGUAGACCUACUGAUAAUGACAGUACUAAGGAGGCUUUACAGCACCGACAGGAUCUACAGAAACACUACUACGACCAAAGAGCCAGAGCAGAACCGUUUCCUGAGCUACAAACCGGACAAAAUAUUCGCGUCCAAGACCCCAAGUCAGGAGUCUGGAACCCUGGUUAUGUAACUGAGAAACUGUCAGAACCACGUUCAUAUACUGUGAAAACUAAUAAGGGUACAUACCGCCGCAACAGAAAAUAUUUGCGUGCAACCAAUGAGCGAUUCACAGAUGAACAAUUAAGUGAACCUGAGAACUUUGACAUUGAAACCAAUGAGCAUCCGGGUGAUAUCACACCUCCAACUCAGCCUAAGAACACUGCUGAAAGCACGGAUACUGGUAGUGGUGAAAAGGUCUAUCAGACUAGAUCUGGUCGUUCAAUUCGCAAACAAAGCAGAUAUGAUAAUUAA